CAGUGCAUUGUGUCUGAUUAGUGAUUGCUUUUAUAGAGAAAUUUCCGUGAAUUGAUAUCAUUGUUUGCAACUAAAGAGGUUCUGAGACUCAAAGUAGAUAGAUAUAUUGUAACUUCUGGUUACACCACGUUUAUUCACAGACCUAACCAAGCAUGGCUGGUCUGUAAAGCAUGAAUUGAGAACUUAAAAGAGAAAGUUAUCAAUAUUGAUAAAACAAACAUGUCUGAACAACGCUGCUUUUAAAAGCAUUUCCAAAUGCAACUGCAAAAUAAAUCGUGGUGCGUCCAGACAGAGGCAGUAACACGUUUACUAUUGGCUCAUAAUACUUGAUCACUAUUGACAGGCAUGAGUUUAUUACAUAUGGAAAAAAGAGUUUGUAUAAUAGGUGCAGGGGUGUCAGGCAUUAGUGCGCUAAAGUCCUGCUUGGAGGAAGGCUUAGAACCAGUUUGCUAUGAAAGUCAAAAUCAUAUCGGUGGACUCUGGAAUUACAAACCAUGUGAAAGGGAUCAAGACCAGAAGGGAGCUCGGUUGUAUGAAUCACUCAUAACAAAUGUUAGCAAAGAAGCGUCGUGCUUCAGUGAUUUUCCCUACCCUCAGCAUUACACACCUUUCUUCAACCACACCAAGCUUUUUGAAUAUUUAAAAAACUAUGUAGCGCAUUUUGAUCUGGAGAAAUAUAUUACAUUCAAUACAAAAGUUACAAAUGUUGAAGAACAAGAAUCGCAAAAAUCUGCCCACACGAGAAGAUGGAAAAUUACUACAAUGAAUAUGAAUACUUUGUCCGAAAAAGUGUCCGAAUUUGACUCGAUCAUUGUUUGCGUUGGAGCGAACUCGAGAGCAAAAAUGCCCAAUAUUGAUGGGCUUUCGACGUUCAAAGGAAUAGUGUUACAUUCUCGUGAGUUCGAUACUCCAGCACCGUUCAAAGGUAAAAAAGUUGUUGUCAUUGGCUUCGGCAACUCUGGAGCUGACAUUGCAGUGGAUAUAAGCAGAGUUGCAGAUCCAGCUAUCAUCAGUUCCCCGACCGGAUCAUGGAUAAACCCGCGAGUGUCUCAAGGCGGAUUACCACGUGACAUGGUAGGGAGAUCCCGACUUGGAAUGUUUUUGAAAACAUUCUUACCAAAAUCUUGGAGAGACUGGAUGGCUAGAAGGAGAAUGAAUGAGGGCAUUAAUCACAUAACUCUGGGGAUUGAACCAAAUGAACAUAAUUUUUCUGGAAAAAUCAUAAUGAAACCUGGAAUUGUUAAAAUCGCUGAGGAUUCAAUUCACUUCUCUGAUGGUACAACUGAGCGUGCAGACGUCAUAAUUUGCUGUGUUGGUUACUCUUCCUAUUUUCCUUUCAUUAGCGAUGAUAUAUUGCCAGAUGAUCGUUCAAAGCUAAAACUAUUUGAAUGGAUGUUUCCUUACGAGUUAUCAGAUCCUUCUUCGCUGGCAGUAGCCGGACUAUUACCUGGCUUAAUUGGAUCUAUUCUUCCUCCUGUUGAAUGCCAGACUAGAUACAUAGCUCAAAUAAUGAGUGGAAUUAGGAAGCUACCAUCUGUUGGAGAAAUGAGAAAAACAUUUGAGAGACAAAGAAGAGCUUUCAGCGGAGAAGGAGACUCUUUUGUUUUUCGGGUUACACCUGGAUUUAGUUAUCAAGACAGGAUAGCUAAAUUAGGUGGAUUCUAUCCGGCUUUUUGGAAAUUGUUUAUUCGCAGCCCAAGAUUAGCAGUUGCGGUUUACACAAGUCCAUAUAUGUCAUACCAUUAUCGGUUGCUUGGACGUCAUCAAUGGAAGGAUGCAGAGAAUCGAAUUGUAAAUGCAAUUCCCAAUACACUUUUCUACGCUAUAGCAAAAAAGAGUGAUUAACGAUUUGGGUAUAGUUUUUACUAUGAUGGUGACGUAAACUUCUUUUAAUAGUCAUUGAUUGAUUCAUCUAUUACUGUUAGACUUAAAUCACGGGUGCCGCUUCUCGAUAAUAAGCAAUGGUGUCUCGCGCCUCCAUUCACCCCGAAGUACCAUUUUACCCCUUUUUGUAUUGUUUAAAGAAAGUGCAUUUUAGUAUGGUGUUAAAAUAGACUACAGAAU